GUCACGGUUCUUCAGGAGUGUAACCAGACACCUGGACCCUAGGCUCCGCCCCCUGAAGAGACCUUCGCCACUUUAUACGACCGGACUCUUAAAGUACUAAGUAACGUUAAGACUAUAGAAUACACUAAGUUAUUAAUAAGAAGCAGAUUCUAUAAGAUACUAAGUUAAUACUAAGAAGACCUAAAGUUACCCUAGAGGAGCGGGAGAAUCGGAGAAGAACCUCUCGGGUCGGACUUGUUGCGCAGCUGAAGUGGUCGGACGUGUUCGUACUGGAACUUGGAGGAGAUGGGCAGAAGAACAUAGACAGAAGCUCCGUGUCCGAGAUGGAGGGCGAGAAGGAGAGGGAACACGGGGAGGAGGAGAAGGAGAGCGACGAGGCUGAAGACGAGGACCCAGAAGGAGCGGCUCUGGCCUGGCAGGAGGGGUCCGGGGAGCACCUGGGCUGGCAGGAGGGGUCCGGGGAGCACCUGGGCUGGCAGGAGGGGUCCGGGGAGCAGGAGGACCACCUGGGCUGGCAGGAGGGGUCCGUGGAGCAGGAGGACCACCUGGGCUGGCAGGAGGGGUCCGGGGAGCAGGAGGACCACCUGGGACUUCCCAUCAUGCACUGGGAGGCCCUCAGCCUGCGGAUCGCAGAGCUGGAGAAACAAGACCUUGCAAAACCCAAGAAGACAAAGGACGGGGUCUGUCCUCUAGAGCGGCGGGGGCUGCCGCGGUGCUGGACGGACGAGGGGCGGAGCCUGCGGAGCGCGGAGGUGUGGGAGGACCGGGAGGAGGAGGGGCACCUGACGGAGCUCACCUCCCGUCUGCAGACACGAGUCAACCUCCAACUGUGCUUCAUCAACGACAGCGAGAGUGAUGAAGAGGCUGAGAGUGAAGAAAAGAGCAAAAAGAGGGCGUUGGUGCAGGUGCCCCGCCAGACCCCCGCGGCCUCCACCGCCCAGGAGAAGAGCCGGCCCCUCAGCGGCCUCCGGAGGGCCCUAAGGGCGCUAAGGGCCCGGCUGAGGACAGACCUCACGCGCCAGGCAGCGGCCCCUAGAAGUCCCCUAGUGAGGACAACCCUGGACCGCCGGGCCCUCCAGGGCUCCGACCCCAAGCAGCUGGGGGUCCUGAGAGCCUCCCUCAGCCAGGCCAUACAAGAUCUGAACUCGGAGCUGGUGGGUCUCCUCCAGACCAGAGACCAACUGAGGACCGAGCAAGAUGCCAUGCUGGUCGAGGUCCAGGACCUCACCUCUCUAUGACCUCACCUCUCUAUGACCACACCCCUAUGACCUCACCUCUCUAUGACCUCACCCCUAUGACCUCACCUCUCUAUGACCACACCCCUAUGACCUCACCUCUCUAUGACCUCACCUCUCUAUGACCUCACCUCUCUAUGACCACACCUCUCUAUGACCACACCCCUAUGACCUCACCUCUAUGACCACACCCCUAUGACCUCACCUCUCUAUGACCUCACCCCUCUAUGACCUCCCUUCUCUGUGUCUCACUUCUCUAUGACAUCACUUCUCUAUGACCUCACUUCUGUAUGACCUUUCUUCUCUAUGACCUUACUCCUCUAUGACGUUCUUUGACAUCACUUCUUUAUGACCUCGCUUCUCUCAGGCCUCACCUCUCUAUGAUCUCACUUCUCCAUGACCCUCUUUGAUGACCUCAUAUGCUAUUAGUAGCACGAAUCGUCGCUCCUUGGAUAGACCAAUGAAGACUCAGAUAUGAUCUUCAGCUCCUUGGAUGGACCAAUAAAGACUCAGAUAGGAUCUUCAGCUCCUUGGAUUGACCAAUGAAGACUCAGAUAUUAUCUUCAGCUCCUUGGAUUGACCAAUGAAGACUCAGAUAUUAUCUUCAGCUCCUUGGAUUGACCUAUGAAGACCCAGAUAUUAUCUUCAGCUCCUUGGAUUGACCAAUGAGCACUGCCAAAGCUGUCAUCAGUGUCUUGCUAUUUCUGCAUGUUUUCUUUUUAAGAAUGUGUGGAACAGUUUAACCCUUGUGUUAAGCUCCUUGACCAUAUAUUUGUUACUUUUUUUUAUUCCUAAAAAGCAUUAAGAUCUCCAUUUCAAGCUGCCUAUUAAGGAUGUGUAUUUUUAACAUUUAAAAUGUUUUUUAAGACUGACCAGUUCAAAUAAUUAGUUUUUUCAAAAAAAAAACACACUUACCAAAAAAGUAUACAGUUUUCAAACGAAUGGAUCACCUGCCGCUAA